GUUACAGAUGCAUUACAGUAUCCUACGAAGAAUACAGUUACUAUCGAAAAAAAAGCAAAGCAAUGAGAACGUCGUCAUUAAACAUAUUAACAAAAUAUUAACACAAAUAUUUAAAUAAUGUUAAAAAAUGAUCAGAUAUAAUCGAGAAUAAAAAUAAUUCAAAAAACCAAUAAAAUUAUUGAUUAAGCUAAAAAUCCUGUUUGUGGGAUUACUCCAGUUUCGAAUUGAUAUAAGUGAAAAACGACAAACCAUUGAUAGGUUAAUAAAGCUUUAUUACAAGUUAUUGAUUCAGAAGAAUUACUACAUCCCCGUUUUCCUUCAAUUGAAGAAAAAACAAGCUUAAUAAAAAUUAAUAUCAAUGAUGACGAACCUUGCGGCAACUGCAGCAGCAGCGAUACAAACAAAUAUGUUUGGCCUCGGUAUCGGAAAACUGAGUAUCAUACCGAUUCUAAUAUCAGCCUUAACUUACUUCAAUUAUUAUCUAAUGGAUCCCGAAAAUCAACCACGAGUCACAAAAAAUCUAUUAAAAGAAUACGAUUUCGUAGUGGUCGGUGGCGGUUCAGCUGGUAGCGUUGUUGUUAACAGAUUAACAGAGAAUCCAGAAUGGAGUGUACUUCUUUUAGAAGCGGGUGGUCACGAAACCGAGAUUACGGACGUACCGAUUUUGUCUCUCUAUUUACACAAAAGCAAAUUGGAUUGGAAGUAUAGAGCUCAACCACAAGAUAGUGCUUGCCAAGCGAUGAAUGAUCAACGUUGUUGCUGGACCCGAGGGAAGGUAACUCCUUUGAUUUAGCCGCGAUGCAAGAUAGUUAAAGAAAUCGACAACAAUAACAAUUAUUUCAUA